AUGGCGGCGCUGGCUCAGAGCGUCCUGGUGACGGGCUCCAACCGGGGCAUCGGGCUGGAGCUGGUGAGGCAGCUCGCCGUGAGUCCCCGGCCGCCCCGGCACAUCUUUGCCACCUGCCGCCAACCCAAUGGACUGAGCGGGAAGGCCCUGAGAGAACUGGCUGCCCAGCACCCCUGCAUCAAACUGGUCCAGCUAGACAUAGUGAGCUUGCCCAGCGUGCGGGGAGCGGUGCAGGCGGUGACGUCCCACCUGAAGGGCCAGGGCCUCAACCUGCUCAUCAACAACGCCGGCAUCAGCUCGUGUGCCACGCUGCGCACCGUGGGUUCGCAAGAGAUGCUCGCCGCCUUCGCCACCAAUGUGAUCGGGCCCCUCCAGGUCACCCAGGAAUUCCUGCCCCUCUUGGAGAAGGCGGCAAAAGUCCCGGGGAAGGAGGGCCUGAGCUGCAGCAGGGCCGCGAUCAUCAACGUGUCCACCAAAGUGAGCUCCAUUGGGCUGUGCCUUGGCAUGCGGGAGGCCCCCAUGUACCCAUACCGUGCCAGCAAGGUGAGGUGCCAAGGGAUGUGCUGGGGCUGCGCCUUGGG